GUACCCGGUGACGUAAUCAGUUGCGCAUGUGUCCAGAUUCAGGUUCUGCACGCCAUUGUGGAAAAUAGUUACUUACACAUUAUUGACUCUUAAGCCUGAGCUAGAAUUCCUAGUUGACUUCCCCGAGUAUAAUAACUGAAGAAGAAACUGUCCCACAAUGGCUACGGACUCCUGGGCUGAGGCAGUGGACAAGCAAGAAGCUGCGUUGGACUCGAUGGGAAAACUUCAAUUAAAAGAGAAGCCAGAAGAAAAUGGCACGACCGCAAACGCAAACGCAAAAGACUCAGCACCUGCAAAGUCAGAAGGAGAGAAGGCGGCAGAUGAUGACGAAAUUGAGGACGUAGGGGCACAGUCUUUGUUAAACAAACUGAUUCGAAAUAAUCUGGUCAAUACAACAAAUCAAGUGGAAGUUCUUCAGAAGGAUCCGAACUCUCCGCUUUACUCCGUCAAGUCUUUUGAAGAAUUAAGGCUUAAACCACAGCUGCUUCAGGGAGUGUAUGGUAUGGGUUUCAAUCGGCCAUCAAAAAUCCAGGAAACUGCCUUACCGAUGAUGCUGGCUGAACCUCCACAGAAUCUGAUUGCUCAGUCUCAGUCAGGAACAGGGAAAACGGCGGCCUUUGUUUUGGCUAUGCUCAGCCAUGUCGAUCCCAACAACAAAUACCCCCAGUGCUUGUGCGUGUCACCCACCUAUGAGCUGGCGCUUCAGACUGGCAAAGUGAUUGAACAGAUGGGCAAAUAUUACCCUGAAGUCAAACUAGUCUACGCCAUUAGAGGAAAUAAAUUGCAGCGGGGCAUGAAACUGCAGGAACAGAUAGUUAUUGGCACACCUGGUACCAUGUUGGACUGGUGCAGUAAAUUCAAGUUUAUUGAUCCCAAGAAAAUUAAGGUGUUUGUGCUUGACGAGGCUGAUGUUAUGAUCGCCACGCAGGGUCACCAGGACCAGAGUAUACGCAUCCAGAGGAUGCUGCCCAAAAACUGCCAGAUGUUGCUGUUCUCAGCCACAUUUGAAGAGUCGGUGUGGAACUUUGCUCAGCGCAUUGUGCCUGAUCCCAACAUAAUCAAGCUGAAGAGAGAGGAGGAAACACUGGACACCAUUAAACAGUACUAUGUGUUGUGUAACAGCAAAGAAGAAAAAUUCCAGGCUCUCUCUAACAUCUACGGCGCCAUCACCAUCGCUCAGGCCAUGAUCUUCUGCCAUACAAGGAAGACGGCAGGCUGGCUGGCAGGGGAGCUGUCCAGAGAAGGCCACCAGGUAGCGCUGCUUAGUGGAGAAAUGCAAGUGGAGCAGAGGGCUGCAGUCAUUGAACGCUUUAGAGAUGGAAAGGAGAAGGUCCUGGUCACCACAAAUGUUUGCGCUCGAGGUAUUGAUGUAGAGCAGGUUUCUGUGGUGAUCAACUUCGACCUGCCAAUUGACAAGGAUGGUAACCCUGACAACGAGACAUACCUGCACAGGAUUGGCCGCACAGGUCGAUUUGGGAAAAGGGGACUGGCCAUUAAUAUGGUGGACAGCAAGAUGAGCAUGAACAUCCUCUACAGGAUCCAGGAGCACUUCAAUAAAAAAAUUGAAAAACUGGACACUGAUGAUCUGGAUGAAAUUGAGAAAAUUGCCAGCUAAGAAGGUGUGUUCACGCGACGGACGCUCGCUUCCCUCCCCCACGUCUUUGCUCUCCAAGGACUGUACGCUCCUACAAUUUUAUUGCUUUUAUUAUUUUUUUUUAGCUGUCGGAGAAAAGAGCAAAACCACACACAGCAUAUGUUUACAUGUGGAUAUGUCUCCUCUCAGACACGUUUUGUAAGUCUCUGAUACAUACCCUAUUUCACUCUUUGUACUCCUUUAAAUAAAGUGUAUGAGUUUAA